UUUUGUCAUGAAUACAGAUGGAUUAUAGCAAAUUUUUAUUUGUUUUUUGCCAAAAAUUUAAAUUCAACAUUCAAAGUAUUUCUGCACCAAUAUUUUUUGCCCUAAAUUAUUACUCCACAUCUAAAAUCCUCAGCUCCGCGAGAUUGGCUAACCUGCCUCUGCAGUGACAGCAAAUGGGCAGCUCGUCGGCGCCAUGGAAACAGCUCCUUCUCAGUUCAAUUGAGGCCAACUCCCAUCUGAAGCACCACUCCUACUUCCAGCUCGCAACUGUUUCAUCGAAUAACAGACCCUCUAAUCGCACUGUUGUUUUCAGAGGAUUUCAGGAUGAUGGUGAUAAGAUUAUGAUCAACACCGACACUCGAACCCGCAAGAUAAAUGAUCUCAAGCACUGCCCUUUUGCUGAGAUAUGUUGGUACUUCACGGAAUCAUGGGAGCAAUUCCGGAUUAGUGGAGUGGUGGAUGUCAUAGAUGGAACUACUCCUGAUCCACUCAAACUUGAGCAAAGAGAGAAAUCAUGGUUUGCAUCUUCCCUUAGAUCAAGAGUGCAGUAUGUUGGGGCCUCUCCAGGACUACCUGCCAUUGCAAGUGAACAAUCAUCCCAGCCUCCCUCUUUGGAUCCUUCCAUUGGACCAGUUGCUGCAUUUUGCCUGCUCCUAUUUGACCCCCAUCAGGUUGACUAUCUAAAUUUGAAAAGCAAUGAGAGGUUGGUGUUCACGUCAAUAGCCAGCGACAACGGACAGAAGCUCUGGACUUCACAGAAAGUGAAUCCUUAGCCCUUCUUCCCUUCAUACAUAAUUGAACAAAGGUAGUGUUGGGACGGAUUCAAGGGGUGCGGAGGAAGGGAGCUUUAUUGGCAUCCGCUGCAGCCAAAGCAACCAUGAGAAGACAAUCUUUAUCGCAGGAGCACCCCUGUAGCAAAGUAAAGAACGCCGUGGCGACAUUGGUCUCCCCAUUUGAGGACUCUAUCUCUGAUCUUGGAUUCGGGUAAGGAAUUAAAUACGUGAAAUUCUCCCUUUGUCUUGAGUCUCAGUUGAGUUUGUAUUUUAUAAAUAUAAAGGGAAAUUGGUGGGUAAAAGUAAUAGAAUGUUGAUCCCAUUUAUAUAAGUACUAUUAAUUUUAUAUUAAAAUGCUUAAACGGGGACAUCUAAUUGCGGACGGAUGGUGGGAGUAGGCACUACAGGGGAAAUUUGAGGUGAUGAAAAUGGGAGAGACUGCAGAGGUUGAGAGUUCCAAAAUACUACGGUGGUGGGAUUUGGGAAUAUGUCCACAAGGCACGGCCGAUAUCCUACUUCACUUUUACUCCGCACUCACACCAAAAUAAAAUAAUUCAUCAUCACUUAUUAAAAUUGGCCAUGAUUAUAAUAUUAUUUUAUUUUGUUGUGAGUAGGAGUGGAGUAAGAGGAGUGGAGUAGGAGAUCCUCUCCGAGGGAUAGGUCAUUGAUUACCGACGAUCAAAGCUAAUUACGUCAUCAACUAAAGUAAAAUAUAAAGUAGGCCCCGCUUUAGCUUUAAGCUUUUAAUCACAGAUUCUUAUCCCUGUAUGAAGCUUAGGGUGCGUUUGUAAUCGUUCUAAGUUUUGGAACUUCAACAAUUUUGGAACAAUAAUUUCUAGAGAGAGUUUUGAAUUCUCCUCUGGCUUUCAUCUAUAUGCUAUUUUCCCCUUCUUGCGGU